AAUUUGGCGAGGUGAUUAUAAAAGUUUACAAUUUUGUACCUCGGUUUCUCAUUGCUUCGACGGAUUUCAAAAUGUUAAGACCGCUCAUUUUCCUGUUGCUAGUAACGGCUGUUUACUCGCAGCUCAAAUGGCGCUUGCUCUCAGCGACCAAUGACUCAGACCCGUUUCCUAAGCCUCGGAGAGAUUCGUCGAUCGGAUUUGACCGAAAAAAAAAUCGCUUGAUUAUUUUCGGUGGCAGAGCGGGUCAGGACAACUUUGCAGAUACUUGGAGCUUUGAUUUAACUUCUAACGAAUGGAAACUAUUAAUAGCGAGCAGCGACAGCUCCAUCCCUGAGAAACGUUUCAGUAUGGUGUACGGCGCUGAAAAUGGACGAGGCGCUUUUUACAUAUCCACCGGUGAAUAUUCGGGAGAAGGUGAUUCUUCAAAACGCCGUUUCUUCGAUGAUAUUGCGAAGUUUGAUUUUGACACAGAAAAGUGGAAAAGGCUCAGUGAUAACUCUAACAUAAAACCUCAAAUGCGAUACGGAUCUGCUGGAGGAAUAUUUGACGACGGCAAAGGAGUCAACGGAUUUUACAUCACGCAUGGUUUCUCAGGCACUCGAUACUCCAACACUCUGAAAUUUGACUUGGAAAAAAAUCAAUGGGAGGAGAAAUUUUCCGGCUCGAAUAAUUACAAUCCAAAUUAUCCACAUGCAAGAUGCUUACACACAGGAACACUGACGAAGCCUGAUGAGCUAGUAAUGUAUGGAGGUUGUCUGGGGUAAGUUAUGAAAAGUGUAAUUGUAGUUUUAAAAAUAAACAGAGGAUAGUGUACCGCUGAGAAAAUGUAUUAACAUCGAAGUUCAACUGAUUAAGAGUUUGGAAAUGGAAUAUUUAUAUAUGUCUCCUUAACACUAUGCUAAUUGGGUGACGCUGGUUUACCAGGAUGAGCCCUGCUUCGUUUGGGUCGGUAGGAUUCGGCAAAUGCUUUUCAAGACCUGUUGUUUUCAUUUAUGGAAUCUAUGCAUGGAAAGGAAAAGUACACUCAUUGGCCACUCCUUUCCGUUGUCAGUACUCUCAAUUGAUUAAAGAAGGGCUUAGUUGAAACAAUGAGACACAAGCUUGUAACAUGCAAGACUUUUAGAGUUAUUCCAAACAAAGAAAGACAGCGUGAAAACUAUUUUCGUAAAUUUUCAGCGUUGUUCUCUGAACCUCAGCUGUUAUACACAAAUACACAAAUUUGAAAUGCAAAGUACUUUCAUGGACUUAACAAACCUUGGCAGAGUCUCAAGCUUACUUCUAAAUAAAGAAGUGAAAGCAUUCCUUGUUCAAAAAAAAUAAGCAAAAGUUGUUUUCUUUUUAAACGAUCACACAGAGUGCGAACAAAUUCUUAGCCGUGUUAGUGUUGCGUGCAUGACGUCAUUUUUAUCGUCCAUACUUCAUUGACUUGUCAAUUGGCUACGGGCCUAUGAGGUGCGAGAAUUUAAUUUCUUAAAAAAAAAUGCAUGCGUUAAAUAUGUAUUCCCUGUACAUUAGGGAAAAUAAGGCCUGAGUGAACAAUACUCAUGGUUAUUGCAGAAAUUUUUUUGUCCUCGAUGACUACAUUUCCUUCGUUGAAUUCCUCUUAAACUUUUUACACUCUCAUUUUGGCGAUAAAAGUUAUUUUCUUUUUUACGACUAAUUUGAUUUUCCUUCAGAGGUGGGAUGACAGGUGGCUCAUGUCCUUCCAAAGAUAACUGGAAAUUCGAUGCAACCAAAACAGAGUGGACUCGCUUGGAGGAAUGUUCAACGCCUCGAAUGUACUCCGCAAUGGCCAUGUUACCACCACUGAAUGGUAGUGAACGUAGAGCUGUGUUGUACGCUGGACAGGAAACAAGCAAAUCUGUGUUGGUGGUAUGUAAAUAUCAAACUUAAAUAGUUGCAUUUUUACUUUUUUAUUUCAGUUAUCUUUUUCUCAUUUUUUUUUUUUUUGCAAUUAAGUUAUUCACUCGUGUAUGUUUUUUUUGCCGCAAAGGGGAGAGUUAAUGACGAUUUAAGGGCCACAAUUAAAGUGAAAUUAUCUGUAUUCAUAGUUGAAUAAGGUUUUGCAUUCUAAGACUGUAAUUCUGCUUUCCUAACAAUAAAAAACUGCUCAUAUUCGCCAUUCUAUUUAGUUAUAACUGGUUUUGGUAAGUCUUCUGACUGAGUGAUCUUAGUAAUAGAGUAUUUUCCUUUUCCAUUAUAUGUAGACGUCACGUUACGAGGCAAAUGAGAUUGCUGUCUUUAAUCCUGAUACAAAUAAGUGGGAAAGAAAAACAGUGGAGGUAUGUAAAUCUAUCAAAUGAAUUUGAAGUAAGACCCUCGAAGAGCCGGUCUUCCCCUACAAACCAGUGACAUUUGCGUCGCUGCAUAAUGGAAGUAUGGUGUAUUUUUAACAUGAACAGUUUCCCUACAUGUAUGUCCUGCACAGGGUUCUCAACUGGUCUUAAGGGUCCAUGCCUGUAUGAUUGUGGAGUGUGACUUUAAUUUUGGUACACCGUAUGGAGAAGGAGAUUAAAUAAUUUGUCAGUUUUUGCAGGCCGAAUGUUGUCAUAAUAUUCAUGAAAUAUUAUGGAGGAUAUGGCAAUUUUUCCUUAAAUGUAUAUCUAUCCAAGUCUUUUCCCUCUACUUUUUCUUUGAAAAGAGACACCUUCCUAAAGCACUCGUCCUUUCAUUAAAUACCAAUCUUAAUGUUGCUCUCCAUUUCUCUUUCUUCCGUCCUCCCAUGGAAUGAGUCGUAGAAUACGAAUUAUGGUGAUUCUGCUUCGGCAGAACCUCUCAACUAAAACAAAUUAAACUGGGGAAGAGGGAAAAACCUUGUUUCUAACGGCCAGCAUAAGUUACCUUGGACAGGGAGUACUUUUUCUGCAACAAUUUCGAUAAUUAUGAACUUAAUGCAAUUUUGCAGGGUACUCCACCGGCAAGAAGAGUUGGUCAUGUGAUGACGACGACUGAUAGCGGGAUUGUGUUGUUUGGCGGUUCGGGAUCCGAGUAAGAAAUUGAUUUAUCUGGAUUAACUUUCGAUGCAAUUUUUAUAGUGUGUUCUCUUCUUUCCGAUAAAAUAAUUUCCACAGAAAGUAAGCAAGUGUUUUUUAAACCAUUUUAGUGUAUUUUGAAAACCUCUUUCUUCCAUCUUGCUCUUUUCAUCGUUCUUCAAUCUUUCUUCAUUUUGUUUACCGUCUGUUCACUAAAGAACGAGUUAUUUUUUAUCUCUUUUGGAGUUUUUCUCACGGAGUUUAUAUCCAAUAAUUAGCAAGAUAAUGGUGCAAAUAUAGAGCAAACUGGGGUUAGUCACGAAGAGGUGACCUCUCUCACUUAAAUGUUACAAGGGCUUUGAAUUGUACUCUUUACUUAGGUCUGUAGUGUUUUCGUUCCACUGCAAGUUCGCUUCCUACCACCUUUGCUUUGCUCCAUAAAGUAACACAAGUUCGCCCCCAUCUUUACCAGUUCGCCCCGAUAAGUUUCGAUUCGAUUCCUUAACUCAGAAGGUAUUCAUUUUUCCAAAACGUGAUACGUUUCCACCAACAUACGUUUUAACAGUGAAACCAGAACGAAGGUCGAUCAACAUGCAAAUUCGUGGCUGUGUUAAACCAAUGCACCAUUAGACACGAGUUGAAUGAUUUGGGGGUGAACUGGCAAAGGUGGGUAGGAAAUCCUUUUACAUCAGGGAGCGAACUCGCAGAGGUGGUUGGGAGGCGAACUUGCAAUGAGGCGAAAUCUCCAGUUACCCUUAUAUACAGUCAUUAACUGUUAAUUUUUUUCUUUAGCGGUGAUGGUUUAUUAAACGACAUCUGGCUUUUAGAGGGAACAGCAGCUGAAGCUGAUAAAAACCCAUCUGCUGGUGGAUGUGGCUCGUCAGAUUUCAAUCUGGUAGCGCUACAUGGUAUUUUCAUGUUCAUUGGUUGGGGAGUGCUUCUUCAAGCCGGAGCCUUCAUUGCACGUUACUUUAGGCACAAGGACCCAUGGUGGUUUAAGAUGCAUCGCGGUCUUCAGGUAAACUACAAAAAGCAAAAAAAUUAUUGCCAGACAAGAUUUGGAGAAUGUCUGAGGAAAAGGGAGUGCUCUUAGCCCUAAGCUCACUCAUGACAGGAUUCCCCUCGACUUAAGCUGCUCCCAUGAUCCCUUACCCUCUUGGUCCUCUUUCAGAGCACAAUAUAGCUCGUCAGUGCAAAUUUAAUACAAAGGAGUUGUUUUUCUCUGAUUUUGAAUCCAAUCAGACUUAAAAAUAACAAAAAUAUAUCCUUAUAUAUUUCAGGUGACAGGUUUAGUGUUGACGAUUGCUGGCCUUAUUUGCGCUUUUAUAUCAGUUCCAUUUGAUCAUCUGAAGUUCGCUCAUGGAGCACUGGGUAUAAUAAUUAUGAUUAUUGGAGUGGGACAACCUUUAAAUGCCGCUGUGUAAGUAUCUUUGAACAAGCAAUAGGUCAUAAAUGAAAAUAUUACAAAUGGCGACUUUGCUCGUCAUUGAGCAAAAUUACAAAUAGCUUACUGUCAAGGCAACAAAGACCGAACGAAGCACUAUGCCUUACCUUCAAUUCGCAAGUCCCAAGUAAUUAACAAUUACUCACCAAAGUGAAGGUGAAUAUUAUUCGCCAUUCACCUCCGCACUAGCCAGUCAGCGCGUGCGAAAAGCGAUAUUUACUUCUGUGGUAUACACUUAUGUCUGAUAGCACUCGUUUGGAAUAAGUAUUGGAAACGGGAGGGUGAUUAUUUCUCUUGAGAAGCACAAACAAAAAUUUAGAAGAAUAUUUAUUUUAUGACAUGUUUCUUUCAGGCGUCCUCACAAACAUCCUGAUGGCUCGAGGUCGACUGGCAGAGUCAUUUGGGAAUUAGUCCACAAAAAUAUCGGUCGUCUUGGUCUCAUUCUGGCCCUCAUCAACAUCUCUCUGGGCCUCCUUCUGGCCGUGGCCCCUGUUGCAGCAUGGGCCGUUUGGUUCGCUCUCCUGGGGACCUUUGUAAUUGCGUACCUUGUCAUGGAGUUCCGUCUAAAGAUGAGUCAGAGGACUUCCAAGACUGUGGCCAUGCCAAUGAAGUAGAUCUUCAUAACAAUGAAGAGGGGGGAACACAUCAAAGACAGAAAAAAGGAAAGCAACGCGACAACCUAAUCAGCUUAAGUAUUUUACCGGAAGCAUUUUAAGACGACGCAAUUUCGUGCUUAGUUGAGAAGAGACUCAAACUGACUUGGAACUAACGAAUAAUUUAGGACCGGUUAUUAUUUGUUGCCUGGGGGUAGGGGUUAGGGGGUAAGGAG